CCUCCGUAUCCUUCUUCCCCUUUUCCCUUUUCCUCUCGCGACAUUCUCAACCCCUCGACACUCAGCGCUCGCCUCCCUCUUCUUGUUCUCUCUUCCUUGAGCACUCGACGCACCGUCUUGUUGCGAUUUCGUCGGCCUGUUCUCUUUGGGGGUUUUUCUCUUCUCGCUACUUGUUUCCUGCGGCUUUCUGCCCCCCCAUAAUUUCUUCCGGGGCUUCUCACCCCUUUCCGUGACCGUGUCGCAGGUCUCGACGCUGCCAGCCUUUCGUUGACAGUCUACCAGGCAAUAGAAAAUUCUUUCCUGCUCGGGAUCAGUUUUCUAUCGGCCAAUUCCACUCUUUACACCAUAUUUCCCAUACGUGACGAUUUGCGAGAACGGUUCAAGUGACGACAACCCUUUCUUUCCGGUUGACGUGCUUUUGAGACGAGAGAAAAAACUAAAUUUUAUAAAUCUCGUCACCGACUUCUUCAAUUCACAUGUUCAAGAAUACUCAUAAUAAUACCGCCAAAAUGCCGAUGUUCCGUAUGAAAACGGUUUUCCCUCUGAUCGCUCUCUUCUCGAUUGGAUUCUUUUUCUGGUGCGUUGAGCGCUUCGACCAGGCUGCUCUCCUGCGUUUCAAGCAUCCAGCCGAUCGCGUCGCUGGUUCAACCCCGCAAAUCCAGUUGCAACCGACACCCCCAUCCAAAGCCUGCGAUGUGGACCCUGGUCUCCAGGCUCCUCUGCCCUUCAGCGAAUGGCUUCCUCGCAAGAACUACACCCGUGCCUACUUCCGUCCUCACCAUGUGAGCCCCAAGACCGAGUUCAACUCGCUUGAGGAUAUCGAAGUCCCGGUCCUCCCUCCGAUGACCGUCAUGGAGCGUGGUAUGGUCGUGUCGCCCGAGAACGAGGAACCCAUGCCUUGCCCUCCGAUCAUCGACGUCAACGUCGCUGCUGAUAACGAUGUGGAUGAGACCGACAAGCUCCUGUUUGGUCUGGCCACCACUGCUGACCGUCUGGACCGUUUGCUUCCUUCUCUGCUGUACUCCUACGGAAACACCAAGGCCGGCUUGAUUGUACUUGUUCCGGAAUCGGACGACGACAUUCCCAAGCAGGAGGCCUACUUCCGCAACCGUGGCUUGGAUUUGACCCUGAUCCAGUCUCCUUUGGACUUCACCGCUCGUUACUUCGGUCUGGUUCAGGCUUUCGCAGAGACCAUCCGGACCAAGCGCCCUCAGACUCAGUGGGUCAGCUUCAUUGAUGAUGACACUUUCUUCCUGUCCCUGCCGACCAUCGCUGAGGAAUUGAAGCUCUUCGAUGUGAGCAAGAAGCAUUACAUUGGUGCCUUGUCUGAGGCUAGCUGGCAGGUGGAUACUUUCGGCCACAUCGCUUUCGGUGGUGCUGGUGUUUUCGUCUCCAAGCCCCUUCUCGAUGUUCUGGAGGAAUACUACGAUGAGUGCCAGUCUUGGGGUGAGCAGCCCGGUGACCAGAAGCUCGGCCAGUGCAUCCAGAGAUACGGAGAGACCCCUCUUACCCUCUGGCCCUCGCUGUACCAGAUGGACAUGAAGGGUGAGGUUGACGGUGUCUACGAGUCUGGCCGUAAGAUUGAGUCCCUGCACCACUGGAACAGCUGGUACACCAAGGAUGUUGUUAAGAUGACCACUGUGGCUGCCGCUGCGGGUCGCCGCUCCGUUCUGCGCCGCUGGGUCUUUGACCAGGAGGAGAUCGUCAACAACGCUACUGGUCGCUCCACCCGCACUUUCUGGGUGUUCACCAACGGAUACUCGCUCGUCAAGUACACCUACGAUGAGAACACCCCCGAUGAUGCGAUCAACUUUGACCACACUGAGAAGACCUGGGAGGAGGAUCCCCGUGGUUACGAGGCCCGCCUGGGACCCCUCCGCAACCGGGAUCAGGAAGGAGUCACCAAGGAUCGUUGGUUGUUGCGGGAUGCCUUCGUGGUUGGCGACAAUGUGCACCAGUGGUAUGUGCGUGAAGAAGACGAAGGCCACAGCGUGAUCGAGAUCGUUUGGCUCGGCCCCAAGGGUGGUGGCGGUGCCGGCGUCCGGGACUUUGGAGUCCGCAGGCAACAUCACUAAAGUCCUUGGUCAUGCAACUCAAUGAGAGACCAGACGACCGAUACUGAGGCUGGCCCUUGGGAUCUGUGAAGCUUUUCGAUUCUUGCACAUUCUUCAUUCCGUUCCUUUACACUUUUCCAAUUCUUUUUCUUUUCUUCCUUUUACUUUUAACUUGAUCUUACUCUAUAUCUUCCUGCGACACCACAACACUAAAGAAACAAUCAUGCCAAUCUACACGGCGACAAGGAAAACAAGAAAAGUGAAGGUGGUGCGGGAAUGUAUCUCUUUCGGUCACCGAGUCCUUCGGCCUCCCUGUUUUUGAUCGAUCAUUUGCCUGGCGUUGUAUUGGCGGAGUCAAGAAUGGCGCAGUCCAAGGUCUGAACUGGUGGUUUUCAGCGAAGAGCAUACCUCGUUUGAGUCUCCCUUGAUUGACCUGGCUACGGCCUCGUGGGAGGGAAUGAUAAUCAUCCUCGCCCUGGGCCCAUUGCUCACGACCCGACGUAUCCCAUUCCCUUAUUUCUCCCGAUUUUCUUUUUGCUGGCUUCUGUCGAGGGCUGCUUUCUUGCAUCAAUUUUUUGUAAAAAUAGAAUUUUGCCGGCCGAGCCGCGGUCGCUUGCUUGCUUUUGGAGAUUAGCGCAUUCGUCGUUAUGGCAGAAUAUCACGAGUUAAAGUCUUAGAUUAGAUGAUUAUCUGUUAGCAAUAGACACGCACGCACACAGUGAUUGGCGCUGCGAAAUAAUAUGACUGGAAUAACUGGAG